AUGCCGCCCUUCCUUUCCACCUUCCGCUCGAGGACCAACUCGAUGCUCGACAACAUCACCGGCAUCAUUCCAGACUCGCCUUCCAGCAGCACUUCCAAGGACAACUCUCUCACCUGCAGAAGGUGCGGCAACCGCUUCCGCGACAGGCUCGAGCUCAGCUCGCACUUCAACUUGUUACCCCAUCACUCGGAUUACAAGGACAGCUACGACUUUGCCUCCUUCACUCGUCCCAAAGGCCGCAGACGCACCAAGACGCGUGAAACAAGCAACGACCCGGGCAAGUCUGCAGAGCCCACUCAAGUCGUUUCACCCAUUACCGCCAGCUUCAGUGAGACACAAGCUUACUACCAGGACCAGCAAGCCGAAAAAGAUCAUGGCGACGAUACCCGUCCGACUUUCCUUCGCAAGUUUUCAACUUUGUCCAACUUGAACUUGAGCGCCAUUCCAACUGGCGAUCAGCCGCUUUCGCCGCCGGCCACAGACUACGCCGAUCAAGAUGCUAAUCAGUCACCCAGAUCCCCCAAAGCCAAAGGCAAGCAGAAAGCAGCCCCUCGAUUGCCACGAGACGGAUCUUUCCAGUACGGUCAACCGCUCGCUUCGUCAGACGAAGAAGACAAUCCUACCGCCUUUGCAUCGCCCUCGUCCUCCACCCGCUUUGCUGAUUUCGACUCUCGCCCGCGUGCUCGGAGUGCCACCAUCCAGGGGCUCAUUUCCGAACCUGUCUCAUAUCAUUCUUCUUCCUCGAUUGCCUCGAGAAGCAGCGGCGCCAACCGACCAGCUUCACCGCUACCUCCCAAGCUCCCAGCCUUUGACUGGCAAACGACCAAGGAGAAAGCGCUGCCUAACUUCCCAGACCAGAGCGACGACACAGCUUCCGUCGCUUCUGACAGCAGCUUCCGCACUGCAACAUCCAUCGAGAUGGGCCACGAGAAAGCGCAACUCAAGGCUCGAUAUGCUGCCGACGAAAAGUCUUCCAACAAGCCUCUUGAAUCCUCAGGUCUUGCUUCGUCAUCCAUGUUUGAAAGACCCGCCGUCCACAGACCCAAUGACGACCGAGAGCGAGGCGAGCAGCGUCGUCGUAUCCGAUCGCGAGCGCGACAUGGAAGCGAGUCCAACUUGCUGCUCGAGUCGAUGGGCGCUUCCUACGACGAUGCUCCUCCUUCCUACCACGACUUGCACGGCGAUAGUGACCCUUUCGACACUGUUGCCUCUGGCUCUCGUCGUCCCUCUCGUCACAUGGCCUCUCGCUCGGACGGAUUUGCAACCAUGCCUGCUUCGCCUGUUACCCGCUUCCCACGUCGUCCUCGCCUAUAUACCGACCAAGGGUCUCGCUCCACUGCCGAUGCCAGGUUUCCUGUCUCGUUUUCGUCUCACGACGAUGCGCGACGCAACGACGAGGAUGACUUGUACAGCUCGCGCUCCGAAAAGGCGCACAAGGGUCCGGUUCGCCCACCGAACAAGUCGAGAACUACCGACGCCAAUAUGCCCGCGCUCGUAACCUCUUCUUCUUCGCCGUCUUCACCAUCACCCUCCUCGCCCAAGACUCCAUUCGACUACAUGGCCGAGGCUCCGCUGACUGCUCCACCGCUGGCGCUUCCACGUCCGCACCAGUCGCCCAAAGCCUCUUCGUCUGGUCGCAGAAGUCGUCACACCAGCCGCGCGAAGUCGGACGCUGCCGCUCCCAGCACGCGAUGCCCGACUUGUUUCGCCAAGUUUGCCUCACUGGACAAGACGUUGGAGCACCUCGACAGCUCAGACUGUGGCGCCGUCGAGUUCGAGAGCGGCAUCAACUAG